CUGUAGUGAGUAGUCGACUAUCGAGUUACCUGUAAUAGGUUAAAAAUUAACAAAAGUAAUUUGUAAAAUGUGAAGUUAUAUUGCCUAUUGGUUGCUACUUGUUAGAUGGUUCUAUAAAAUAGCAGCAUGGAAUUUUAGUUUCCAGUCGUAAGUACUAUUGCAUUUGUGUUAAACGUGUAUUUUUUAAAUAUUUUAUUUUAUCAUUUUCUUAUACCAUGAAUACGAAUGCUUGGUUUUCUAAGACCAUCGGUAUUUGGAUAUCUGAUAAAAAAAGCCAGAAACUAAAUUGGAAAGAAUUAAUAAAAAGUUCUUCUGCGCGUGGUUACAAUCUCAUUAAAAUUGAUAUUGACAAGCCAUUAGAACAACAGAGAGAUAUUGAUGUGUUUCUUCAUAAAUUGACUGAUAUAAUCGCAGCUUCGGAUCAUGGUGAUCCAAAUGCUACCAUUAUAAUUAAAAGAAUAGAACAGUAUUUGUCAAAUCAUCCACAUAUAACUGUAAUAGAUCCAUUGGAUAAUGUGAGGAUACUCCUAAAUAGGUAUAGAUACUAUACAAUACUACAAGAAGAAUCUUCACUGAAGAAUAAUGGGAUAUUUACACCAGCCUUUGCUGAAUUCACCACAAAUGACCUGGAACAGAAUCUGAAUAUUAUGAAAUGGAGAAAUGUAAAAUUUCCUGUUAUUUGCAAACCUACAUUAGCUCACGGCUCAAAAUUUGCACACAAAAUGGUUUUAAUAUUUAAUAAAAAAGGUCUAAGAGAAUGCAAACCACCAUGUGUGGUUCAGAGUUUUGUAAAUCAUGAUGCUGUUCUACAUAAAGUGUUCCUGUUAGGCAACAGAUAUCAUAUAUGUCAACGACCCAGCCUCAAAAAUUUUUACGCCUCAGAAGAAUUAGAGCCAAUAUACUACAGUACGGGUGAGGUUUGUAAAGCAGAUAGUCAGUCAACACUCUCUAUUUUGGAUCCUCAUGACAAAGCUGAUAUAAGACUGACACUUGAUGAGGAAAAAGUGAAAUGUGUUAUCAAAGUACUGAUGAAAAAAAUUGGUUUGUUACUCGCUGGUUUUGAUGUUGUGAUAGAUAAUGUGACAGGUAACCAUGCGGUUAUAGAUAUAAAUGUGUUUCCGAGUUAUGACAGUUUUCCAAAUUUCUAUGAACACUUAUUAGAUUGUAUAGAAGAGAAUAUCAGUAUAGGUAGUAAUGAUUGUGUAUCGUUGGGAAAUAAACACACGCUUAAUGGUUUAAUUAAUGUAGGUGAUAGUAAUGUACCUUGCAGAAAUGUUAAUUAUUAUGAGAGUUAAGUACACUGUGAAGUUUGUUAUAUUAUAUUUUUAUAUUGUUCACGGAAAUUCUAUUGGCAUUUAUGUAAAAUUGGUCCUAAUAAUAACACUAUCAUUUCAUAGUGUGGGAAUCUGUGGCUGAAAACUAUUUUUAAUGUAAAAAGUGAAAUUUCUUCUGCAUAUGGCAAAAUAUGUAGAUUAAUCUGAAUAUACCUAGUCAUGCCAUAAAUACUGUUACAAUGAAAAUAUUGUGUAUUUUCUAUUACAUGAAAUAUUUAUAUUCUACCCACCCCCUUAAAUAUGAAGUAUGUACUACUUAAAAAUUUAUCCUCAUGCUUUUAAUAUGUUGAGACUAACACAUGUUAAAACACCGUCUUUAGCAUCAUCAUUAUUCCACCUUCGCACGACACGCCACAAGUUAGGAUAUCAUCCUCACCAUCUGGAUGUGUGUUUGUAUGUGCCCUCCAUAGUGCGGUUUUCAAGGAGCUUUCUUCCUCGUACUACGAAGCUGUGGAAUGAGCUUCCCUUUGCGGUGUUUCCGGGACGAUACGGCUUGGGUCCCUUCAAAAAAAGCGCGUACACCUUCCUUAAAGGCCGGCAACGCUCUUGUGAUUCCUCUGGUGUUGCAAGAGAAUGUGGGCGGCGGUUAUCACUUAACACCAGGUGACCCGUACGCUCGCUUGUCCUCCUAUUCCAUAAAAGGGGGGGGGGGGGGGGUUAUGAAGUGCAUCUGUACAUAGGCUGUUUUCGACCAGACUAUGAUACUGAUCACAUAUCCAACAAGGCCACACAUUUACUAGUGGGCAUAUUUAUCAUUUUUAAAGCAGUUUUAUCUAAUCAAAUACUUAAUAGACUAGUGUCGAUAUUUUUUAAAACCAAAAAAAAUUGUAGUAUGAAAUCUGUUGGAAAUGAAAGAGAAUAUAACAAAAAUGAAAGGAAAAAGGAAUUUCGGGCGAUCUGAGGUCCGGAAGUGGAAAAGGGGGGGUGUUUAAGGUUAAAUUUUUGCUGCUACGAAAUAACAGGUAUGAAUUCUCUAUGAAAUGCAUAAUGAUGGGCUUAAAUUUUUCGAACAUGAUUGUAAUAUGUAUAUUUUUUUUUACACCAUCGGAAAGUAAAGAUUUCAACGAACAGAAAGCACACCAACUUUUUGAAAAAAGUUGAAUUAUUGACCUGUGAAUUUUCGAUUAAAAAUAAGGGUUCUUUUUUGAUAUAUGAGUCAAAAUAAGGUGAAAAAAUUAAUAUUUCAUUUCAAAUAAAUUACAGUAUAUUUGGGACAUACGAAAGAACUUGUCACCGGGAUUUAUUUUUUGUAAAAGAUAAAAAUAAAAAAACAAAAACUUGGUUAAGUACCCCCCUUUUCCAUUUCUUGACCUCAGAUCGGACGUAAUUUAUUUUUCCUUUUAUUUUUGUAAUAUGCUCUGCCUUUACCAAUAGGUUUCAUCCUACUAUUUUUUUCCUUUUUAUCAUUUUCAAUGGCUUCAGCACUGGUCUAUUACCUAUACUUUAAUUUAUAAUCUUACUAGCUGACUCGACAGACGUUGUUCUGUAGAUAAUAAGAAAAAUACUGUUUUAUAGGAAUUCGCCAAUAAUAUUUCAAAAAAAAAUUCAAGAUUUAUUUCGUAAAAAAUGCUCCCUGUUGUUGAAAUUGUUUCACAGUGGAACUGUCAAACCAUGCGUCACUAAAUUCUCUCAUAGAAAAUAUGUCCAUACAAAACAAAUAUUGAAAAUUAAAAUAACUAUGGUCCCAGAUCGAAAUAAAAACUAUCCUAUCUCUCAAGUUGGACUAAACUGCACUGCAUGAAGUAAUCCCCAUUAAAAUCCGUUUUAUCCGGACAAACAACGUGUCACGUAAUUUAUAUCUAGUCAAAACAAAAUAAGGGCCACUUGAUUUUUUUGGUCUCGCUAGAGAUAAUUUAUUUUUUAUGCAUUCUCAAGUAGCUGAUAAUUUAUUGUGGUGUUACCAUAUUUGUUUACACACAUUUUUUGAGCAUUCCAACCGCAUAAUUGUUUAAAGUGGAUAGUUUUAGAUAAUUUAUUGUAACCACUUGAUUCUACCCGAUUUUAAGACGGAUUUCAACUCAGUCAGAUUGACGAUUCUCUCAGGAACACCGUAAGUUUUGUUUGACUAGUGGCUGAAUUAACAUUUAAAAAAAGUUAUGCCGAGAAUUCGAAGUCAUAUGGACUUGCCAACCGUAACUAGGGCCGUAACAUUGCUUCAAGAAGGCCAUUCGCAGCGUUCUGUGGCGUUGCAGCUGGGUUUUUCCCGGCGAGCGAUCCAGAAUGCUUGGAAUAGUUUUCAAGAGACGGGGAUCUGGCAGAGUUCUAGCAACUACUGCACAGGAGGACCGCUACGUGCGUUUGACUGCGCGUAGAGAACGCUGUAUAACAGCCCGUUCCUUACAAAACCGUUUGCGGCAGGCGACCGGUACACGUGUUAGUGAUCAAACUGUUAGAAAUCGUUUACACGAUGACCAGCAGUUCUCCAGGAGACGCGUAGUGCGGAUACCAUUAAAAAGUGCUCAUCGUGCAAACCGAUUAUCAUUCGCAAGGCAGCAUCUGGCGUGGGAUAUGAACGAUUGGAGGAAAAUAUUGUUUACGGAUGAGUGCAAGGUUAAAUUUUUUAGUGAUGACCGUCGCAUUAGGGUCUGGAGGCGUAAAGGUGAGCGAUUUUCGGAUGCUUGCAUCCAUGAAAGUGACAGAUUUGGGGGCCCCAAUGUUAUGGUAUGGGGAGGAAUCUCUAUGUCAGGCAGAACCGAGCUGGUUAUUCUACAAUAACAGCUCAAUGUUACAUCGAGGAGGUCAUAAGACUCCAUGUGGUCUCAUAUGCACAGAGAAUCGGCGCAAGAUUCCAUCUGAUGCACGAUAAUGCUCGCGCUCAUACAGCUUGGGCCACCAGAGAAGCCCUAGAGGAGGCUGGUAUACAGGUGUUGGCCUGGCCUGCAAAUAUUCCGGAUCUAAAUCCCAUUGAACACAUGUGGGAUUUACUGAAACGCAGUGUUCGAAGCACAAACCAACCCGUACACAAUGAAAGACAGCUAAUAAACGUUCUGAAAUCAAGUUGGGAACAAAUUCCUCAAGAAACAGUGGUACACCUGGUGGAGAGUGUACCUACUAGGCUUCAAGAGUGCAUUAGUAAUCGAGGACGGCAUACUAGAUAUUGAGGAAAGUCAUAAAUCAACAAACAUUUUGUUAUUUUUUUUUCAGAAUUUUUUUCCUGACCAAUUAUUUUUGCAAAAAUGUUAAUUUUUAGAAAAAAUGGAGAAAAUUUCUUUUUUUAAUUUAAUUCAUCAUUAUUUUAUGCUGUCUACAAUAAAAAUUAAUCAAUUUUUCCAAUUCAAUCAUUAAUCAACCUUUAAACCUCAAGAAUUCAUGAGAAUACUGUAAAAACGUGGUGGCCCUUAUUUUGUUUUGACUAGUAUAUAUUAGAUUACAUACCUACAACCUAUAACCAUACAUUUCAUGUAACAUUACUAUUCAGAAAUCACGAUCCAGGUAUGGUAUCCGAGCGCAUUUGGUUCUUUUGCUAAUAUUUUUCUAUUCACACAUUUUUAUGAUCUUUUUAAUGAAUCGCUUAUUCAAGUUAUACUUCUUUAGGCGCCUUAUGAAAAAAUGAUGAGAGUGAAAUUUUAAGAUGCGCGCGCAUCACUUUAACACAAAAGUAACAGGUUGAAGUUGGUUCCUAAAAUUUUCUGACGUUUGUGUUAUUCGUUAUUUUUUUUUUGGUUUCUUUGUCCAUUUUUAGGACAGGCAAAGGGUUCAAGCCCAUUCAGCCGUAUUCGUUAUCUUGUAAUUAAUUGUCAAAGCCAUCUUUGCAAGAUUUUUACAAAAUAGUUCUUUCUAAAAACGUAGAAUAGCAAGAGGAAUAAAUCAUUUUAAUGAUUCUUGCUUCGUAAGGCCAAAGAAGUAACUUCUUGUGCGCAUACAUAAAUACACACACACUUUUUUUUUAAAUUUGUUAUAGUCUAACUGUUGAAUGAAUGUUAAAGAAGUUAAUCUUCUAAUUGGUGUUUGAAAUUAGUGUUUUCUUCACCAUAUUUGUUAACAAUUGUUGUGCAACGUUUCAUGUUAUUUUAACAAUUAUUGAAUGUUAAGUUUUUAAUAUGAUAUAAAUUAAAUUAUAAUUUAAGUAUAUCUGUGUUUGUUUAGCUGUGGUAAUUUUAGUUAAGUAAUCUAAUAAUUCUUUUGUAUAUCUAUGGUCUUAAAGGCCCUAUUGUUUAUAUAAUUUUCCUACUUAUAAUUCGCUUCCGAAUGUAAAGCUCUCUAAUACAUAGGACUAUACUCUAAGAAUGAUACUAUUGUACAGCUACAUGCAUUAGUUACGCUGACCGCUCAAGAUCCAUGCCAGGGCCUACUACCCUGUUUACUAUGUACUGCUUUAAUUAACCUUUCUACUUCCAAGUAUUGCAAUAUUAAUUGACUAAACAACAAUUUUAUUAAAAAAAUCUUGAUAAAUACCUAACCUUAGACUAGAGAUUGAUCUCCGCUACGCUCCAAAUAGAUACUACCUAAGAACGCUAGCUUUUGUCAACGUCACACAUUGUUCGAGACUGGCCCGUGUACACCGACCUGGGUGUAGUAUUAGUUGCCGACUACGCAGGGUAUCUAGUUGAAGCGCUGCGGAGACCAAUCCUUAAUUUAAGUAUGUAACAUUACAUCUUCUAUUGUAACCGAAAUGACUUUUCAAACUCAAGAUGACAUAUAUAUUGAAAAUGGCCAAUGAUUAUUGUAUAAUAUGAUAUAUUAGUUUUAUGAAAGUAUUAUAGACUAAUUAAAUUCUCAAAAGUCCAUUGACUAUAAUUAAUUAUAUAGUACCUAGACGACCGAUCCUUGCUCGGAGUUUUAAGAAGGUACAAAACUUGAACAAAAAAACUAAUAGGACAUCUGUAUUCGAACCGGGGUCUUCUGCUUUCCGGACCACCCAAUGUCCAAUCUGAGCUAUUACAGUCUUGUAUAUAGUGGCGAAUUUUACCUUUGUAUUUUAGAAUAUUCAAAUUCAAAUAUUUUUAUUCAAAAUAGGAUGUGAAAUCACUUAUUGAAAGUCAAAAAUCUACCACCCAUUCCAAAAUGAAUGCCUCAGGCCUGAGAAGAAUGGGCGCAACAAACUCAGCGGGCUUUCUUUUUUUUUUUCAUCAAAAAUAUGUUUUACAAUUAAAGUAAUAUUUAUAAACUAAUAAUACAAAGGUAAAUAUCGCCACUAAUCGUAGAAACAGUUUCUCAUUAAAACACGUAUAAAACUACAUUUUUUAAAAUUGAAAUACAGCUAGAUCAAUAUCUCGCCCCCGAAAAUACCUGUAUAAUAAAUUUCAUUAAAAUCGUUGUAGCCGUUUCCGAGAUUCAGAUUUUAUAUAUUUUAUAUACAAGAAUUGCUCGUUUAAAGAUAUAAGAUUUAAUACAACUCGCGUUGUUGUUAAAUUAUAUAUUAUUUUGUUGAAAGUUGAUGCUAUCAAUCAACUGAAUAGGGUGUUAUCCUUUAACUACUUGCAAGUCAAUCCCAAUUAGACAACUGAUAUAGGGAGAUAGGGAUAUAGACAUACAAAACAAUUACAAAUCAUUGAUUGUUUGUUUUAUUUAUUUAGAGCAUUGGUAACAAGACCAAACCAAACCAAAGUACAAUAAAAAAUUACACUGACAUAAAAGCAAAACAUAAUGACGUUUAAAUAAAAGUUUUUAGAAGUUUUCUGACGUUUGCGACAUUGAUUAUUUUUUUUUGGUUUCUUCGUCCAUUAUUAGGACAGGCAAAGGGUUGAAGCCAAUGCAGUCGUAUUCGUUAAUAUUCAAUAAUUUAUUCCACGAUUUUAACAAUAUAUUUUCUUUCUACAAACGCUUUUUGUUACGCCAAAGAAGUAUAACUUCUUGCGAGCAUAUAUAAGUAUACACACACUUUUUAUACAAUGAUACAUAUUUUGACAGUGGGCUUACGAAAUUUUUAACACGUAUAAAAUAUUAUAAUAUUAUGUGAUUAUAUAAAAUUAGUGUUUAUAACACAUGUCCGUUGUAUGUCACUGAAUAUUAUAUUAACUAGCUACUAAUUCAUACAUAAAUAUUGGAUAAUUUAAACGUCUUGAAGCUCCUGCUGUUAGGCAACGCAUGACAACAGGCAGCAUUGCCUGUUAUUACUGUACCGCGAGUUUAAUACGUAGACUAUCCUGUACACGACAGCUACGUCUUACACUCGCGAUAAGUCAAUCACUUGUUUAGUGCGAGUGCAUUUAGUGAAAAUAGAACUUAACUGUUCGCCACUAUUUUUUUCGAUGUGCUUACAGUUGUCACAUUAUAUUUAAACGUAUAACGGUCGUUCCCAAUAUACAAUCUACAGAUAGAUAUAACUUACUACCUCCUACUGUCAGUAAUUAACUGUCAAUAAUCGGAAGCUGUCCCAAUAUACCCGAUAAGUCAUUCUUAUCGCCUUAUAUUGGGACGCGUGAAUUGCAUUGUCCAUACAAACUUCUAUCGCUGGUAAGCUAUUCGUCCUCCCAUUGACAGACGGUGACAGAAGGUGAGUUACCGACGAUAAGUUUAUUGGGACCGAAAAGUCAACGAUAGUUACGAUUUUUAUCUCAAGUAGACCACAACCGGAGAUAGACUGAGUAUUGGAAACGGCCGUAAAUAAUCUAAAUAUAGAAUAAUAUAUAAAUACAAGGUUCCUUAAAAUAUACAUGGUAAAACUAUAUGGCUAUACUCUACUUUGAACCAGACAUUCUUUAGGUCAUCACUAAUGACUAUGUGAAGUCAGAAAUGAAUUUGUUUGAUAAUUCAAUAUAAUUUUUGAAGUGCUAUUUUCUCAAUAACUAUGCAUUCCGCAACCCUUAUUCAGCUGUGUUUCUGAACUCUACUUUACCUAAAAAAACUUACAUGUGACAUAAUAUCAAAUUAUAGUAAAAUGCCUACUAUUCAUUGCAUCUGUGAGGCAAAUUACGUUCUCAUUUUGCCAUGAAGACGAAGUUAUUUUGUAUGUGCAUUUUCUUUAGCUGACAUUGAAAAUCAUUCCAAAUUGUUAUUUACUUUGGUUUUGUAUUAGCCAAUAGAGAAGAAAUGUAAUUCUAAUCUAAUUAUGCAAUUAUGUUAUGUUAAAGAGAUCUGCCUGUCUGCUUAAUACUCUUUGAAUCACGAUAUUUUUAUGCUUUUUGAUUGGCAGGGGCGUGCAUAUCAUAUAGGCAAUUACCUGGUAAUAAACCUAAAUAAAUAUAGCACUAGUGUUAAAGUUAAUUUACUACUUACGUUAGGCAGUCUACAGAUUGCAUAUACGAAGCAAGCAGCGUUACAUACAACUUAUGUCGUACUGUCCGACAGUACGCGUACUAAAGCGCAACUAUGACUAGUUAUAUCUACAGUACUACACUACCUUGCUAGAAAACGCCCCUGGUGAUUGAGUAAUGUGAGAGAUCACAAUAUAUAAGAAUAUCCAAUCACAAUCACACAAGUCGGUUGUGAUUCCUCAUUGGUAAUCAAGAAUCUUUAUUAAACGCCGACAGCGGUCACAAAGGGUACUUGUUACUAAGGGCAUAUUCACACUGCACCAUUUUUAAUUCUAGAUCUUUUUGUUAUAUUGGAAACUAAAUGAGUUUACAUUUUUGUUAAGUUAUUACGUAAGCACUCCUCUCAGUUCAGUCUAGUGUGCAUACACCUUAAUCAUAAUCCUAAUUUCAAUGGAUAUGUAUGUAGUUCACCAAAAUAAGUAAUUUUCGACUUUAGUUGUCUUGGUGCAGUCCUGCUUGUAAGUUGGUCGCGUUGGACUAUUUGGAUUACAGUGAUUUCGUUUGAUUAUGUAUAUUUUAAAGGAAAGGAAGGCACAUUGAACCCUUCCUUUUAGGGGUGUUGGUGCAAAACCUGUUGCUUUGACGGUACUAGUGAUGAAAUAACUAGGUACCUACUAAAUACCUAAAUCAUAAUCAACAUAUUGUAUUGUGGUGUAUUCUGUGUAUUUAUUGUGAAACUCCAGGAGUGUUUAAAAGCUGCGCAGGAUACAAAUAAGAAGAAUGGUGUGUGCCUAUACACUUUGUUUAUGGAGUGUCCUUAAGUCCGUAUUUUGUUUACUAACAACGACUCCGCCUAAAAUGGCGGUCUCCUUAAAAGUUAGGGUUGUCUAAGAAAUAAAUUUAUAUUAUAAAGAUAAGAAAUAAUUUUUUUAUUCUGUAGGGACCUAUUUUUAUUUAUUUAUCAUAACUGAAAAGCCACAAUACUUAUUGAAUAUUAUUCAAUGCUACGUUAGCAUUGAAGGGAUUUUAGAGUCUUUCUAAUUCACGCAGUAUAUAAAUCUACUAAUAUAUUAAAUCUUAAAUCAAUAGAUCAUAUUUCUCCACCAGCCAUUUAUAUCUCACAUUGUGGCUAAUAAAAUAGUUAACUUAUUUAAUUAUUAUAAUAUGUAAGACUAACUAGCAGUUUAAUAUGUAAUUGUUUAUUAUUUUUAAGUGAUAUCCCUCACUCUUGUGAUUGUAAAAUGUAUAAAUGUACAAAUUAAAUUUGUACCAAAAUUUAUGGAUGAUGAGGGAUUCGAUUCCUCGCCUUUCGUGUUACGUCCCGACCCUCUUACCAACUACGAGGUUUGGCUGGAGUUGGUAAGAGUGCUGGGAAGUGACACGAGAGGCGCAGUUCUUGUUUAUAAUUGUAAGGCGAAACAUUUAAUAUUUGUAUUUAACCCUUACCACAUGAAUUUUAUAUCACUAUCAAAGAAAUGUCAAGGAAAUGUCACUUUCAUAAAUUUUGGAGUUUAAUUAUUUUGUUUAUAAAUUUGGUUUGGUUUCGAAUUACUUGAACUCAUUUAAUAUUUAUAUUAAGUAUGUUGGUUUUCACUUUAUAUGUAAACUCAUAUUUUAUUUAUCUUACUUAGUUUAACUUAGUAUUAUUGCCCGAAUAAUUGACGCAAGUAGUAUUCCGCUAGUUGUCUUGUCUAAAAUUAAUAUUAAUAUAACGACUGUUACGUCAUUCCAAACUUAUAUUCUAGGUGUAGGUACUAUGCGCUGAAGACUGAUUUAUUUAACAUUGAAAAGUGUAUUUGUUUAUAUAUAUAUUUAUAUAUAUUAUAUUGAUAACUUUGUACUAAAGAAAUAUAAUCGAGUAUAUCUACUA